AUGUUCGAACGAGUUACGGUAGCGGUUAUAAGUUCAGUCAGUGUACGUCCUACGAUUAUUGACGGUCGCACCGCCCAAGAACUUCACAAAACAAUCUGGAAGAACCGUCUAGAAACGUUGAAAGUCGCCGUGCCAGCAGUUGUCUACGCAAUCCAAAAUAACCUAUAUUAUAUAGCCCUGGCGAAUAUCGACCCAACUACCUACUCGGUGACUCUCCAACUCCGAAUUCUCACGACGGCACUUCUCUCCGUCUGUCUUCUCAACAAGAAGUUAUCAUGGUAUCAAUGGGGAGCUCAAGUGAUGGCUCUUCUCGGUGUAGUUAUUGUUCAGCUGGAUAAAUCGAAUGCCCAUAAAGAGGCGGUGGGAAGCUUCUGGAUUGGAGUCGGGGCGGUGAUUGGGAUGUGUUGGACGAGUGCUUUCGCAGGCGUCUACUUUGAGAAAAUGCUCAAAAACUCGUUAGCAGAUGUUUGGAUUCAAAAUAUUCGACUGUCGAUUUUGACACUAUUCUUUGCUGGAAUUACAAUGAUGACAACAGAUGGAGAGGCGGUUAUUCAAGGCCGUAUGUUCGAGGGGUGGUCUCAGAUGGUUUGGCUGGUGACAGUCCUGAAUUCAAUCGGUGGUCUUUGCAUUUCAUUAGUGAUGAAAUACGCGGAUAACGUCAUGAAAACCUACUGUCAAUCCAUCGCAAUCGGAUUGACAUCCCUUGUCUCCAUCUUCCUUGGUGAACGUCUUCUGACUCUCUACUUGGUUUAUGGAGUCCUGAUGGUGACGUCAUCUGUAGUUGUCUACUCUCUGUUCCCUGCGUCUCCACCAUCUCUUCCAUAUCAUAAACUGGAGCAACAAGAAGACGUGGAGGAGCUUCUGAAGUCAUCUGAAGAGGAUGAAGAGGAUGAAAUAUUCGGGGAGAAUGAGAGAAAAGUGGCGGAGCUCAGCAUUUAA